CGCAGUACCAGCUGUGGUACGCGACGCCAGCACUUAUACGUUAUGCUUGGGCAUUAGGAAUUCAGCCGGAUAGGAAUACCCGCAACCCAGUUUCAACGUUCUGUAUCGAGAAGCCGAAAGAUCUCGGAACUGGAGACUUGGAUUUUUUUUUUUUGCUUCGAACAAGUCAUGCCUGCAUUUAGCGCACCUCUGAGCCCGUACGAAAGUUUUCCUCCUUCACCAACGGCAGACAGCAGCUCGAAGAGACUAUCGUGGGGGAAACUAAUGCAGAAACUUACGGAUUUCAGCGGCUCGAGCCUCGGUCACAGCUUCGACUCGGACGCCGAAACCAGCAGGAGUGAUUUUUCAGAUUCUGGAUCCGUAGAGCUAGACCAGACCUCGGCGUCGGGGUCGGACCUGUUCUUCGACCCCGCGGAGGAGGCGCUGUGCUCGGAGGUGGUGGGGCUGAUCGAGCGCAGCCUGACGGAGGCCAAGGGCGGCGCCCUGAGAUGCUCCCGGCUGCUCAUCCCGGGCCAGCUCCUGGAGCACGUGGGGCAGGAGCUGCUGCACCUGGCCGCCAGCGAGCCCUGCGGCUUGAGGGGGGCGCAGGUCGACCUGUACGUGGAGCACGGCGACGCCUGCCAGAGCAUCGAGCAGAUCGCCGUGGACCCCUGCCUCGUGCCCACUUUCCAGCUGACGCUGGUGCUCCGGCUGGAGUCCGGGGGGAUCUGGCCGAGGAUCCAGGAUCUCUUCGCCGCCCGGUCUCCGGCGGCGCCUCCUCUCAAACACGCCUUGAAGCUCGGCACCGGCUUCCGGGUGAUCAAGAAGAAACUGUACAGCUCGGAGGAGCUUCUCAUUGAGGAGUGCUGAGGAGGGGGGAAUGUGGUCGGUAGAUCAGGCCUUGCCGCUUGUUGGACUCCGCUCCUCCUCGUGCCUCUGGAGGUGGGAGAACCAAGCAGACCCACCGCAAAGCCGGCUGUCCCUGGCCUUUUGUGUCUGCGUGGAUGGGAACGCAGGGUCCAUGGAACAGCUGUUGGUACAGGCUUUGUCGAAGGCCCUGUAGCAUGAGGUAGUACUACCAACAUGUCUGCCCUCAGUGUGGUCAUUUGGUGCUACUGCCUCGUGGCUCCAGGGUGUCUGGGCUUGUCAGUCGAGCCUGCACUUCCUCCACAGGUCCGAGAAAGCAUUGGGUGCUCCAGUUCUCUCUCUCUCCUCCCCCCCCCCCCCCC